AUGCGCGCGGCCUACUUUAUCUCCACACUGUUAGCUGCCACUGUUCUGGCCUCCGCGGUUCCUCAAACACCCGCGGAGAAUGCCGAGCUCGUCCCGAUUGACGAUCCGACUGAGUUGGGCAGACGUGGCCCUGCUAGGUUGACAUCGGAGGGUGAUGAGGACGACGACAUUCUCGACCUGGAGGAUGCAGAGGAAGAGGAUGAGGUAACCACCAGCCACCUGGACGAGCGCGGAAUCUUCGAUAGCGGCGGCCGAGUUUGCAAGAAGAAGAACAAGAAGACCUGCUAUCAUGUCAAGUCUAACGGACGGUGCAAGAACCUUGUCUCUUCGAACGGAAAGCCGUUUAUCUCCGGCUCGGCUGACGGUGGAUGCAUCUGCACCGUUUACUCCCAGAAGGGCUGCCCCUGGAUUAAGGGCAAGAGAAAGAGCUUUGAUGAGCGUGGUGCGAACUUUGGGUUCAAUGCGAAGAGUAUGGAUUGCUCCGUUAAGGUCUAG